GCAGCGCGUUCAAAAACUAUCCGUGAUCGAAAUAAUCCGUUUCGACCAAACAGUUACAUGAUGGAGAGUUCAUUAACAGAAAAAUUAGAAACGAUCAUUGUCAAAUUCAAAGAGGAGCUUGAAAUAACCAUUAAAGAUUUUGGCAAACUGGAAGAGAACAAGCCGGCCACCUUUAUAACGUUGAAGGAUGACAUAGCUCGAAAGAUUACUAGUAUCGAAUCACUAGAGAAGAGACUCUCUCAAUUCUCUGAUCUGCAGACAACCCUCCAACGUGAGAAAUAUAUAUCGCACGAGAUAAGUCAAUCUGUGUUGAGGAUGAGCGAAGCGUUGAAACGAGAAAGGGCGCUUAGGGAGAUGAUUAUGCUUGGAGUUGUGUGGUUAGCGAUUGCUAUGAUGGCGUUUAUUGGCCUUGUGGUAAUUGUCCCGAGUAGCGUGCAAGAUGGGAUUAAUG